AAGUGUAAAAUAACAUAAUUACAUAUCUCUGUAUCUCUAAGCUACAUUGUAUACUUGUAUAUUGUAUACUAAGCUAAAGUUGUGAUUUUCGCGUACCGUAUUAUUUUUACGUUUAUGUACACCGAUAUUCGCUUUGGUGAAUUCUUUAACGAUGUCUUUGUGGAUAAAAGAAAACUGUGUAUCAUUUUUCCAACUAUUUUGUAUCAAAGUAAUAAAGACCGGCCGAGUACCCCAACACAUAGCAUUCAUAAUGGAUGGAAACAGACGUUACGCGAAAAAAAAUAGUGUCGACAAGAGUACUGGUCAUCAUAAAGGUUUUGACAAGCUUUCUGAAACCUUAAAGUGGUGCCUUGAUUUAGGAAUACCUGAGGUAACUGUUUAUGCAUUCAGCAUAGAAAACUUUAAGAGAAGCAAAGAAGAAGUUGAUGCACUUAUGGAAUUGGCUCGAGAAAAAUUCCAAAAUCUCUUGGAUGAAAUUGAUCAAAUUGAUGAGUGGGGUGUACGAGUACAUGUGGCUGGGCGACUCUCAUUGUUACCGGAGCACUUGAGGAGUUUAGUUUCAAAGGUCAUGCUCGCAACCAAAGAUAACAACAGGCUUUGUUUGAACAUUGCUUAUGCCUACACAGGUCGUGAUGAAAUAAGCAGAGCAGCUUCACGUAUAAUUGACGGAGUCAAAGAAAAUAAAAUUUCUCCAGAAAAUAUAGAUGAAGAACUGAUUUCUCAAUCACUGGAUCUUGGAGAGCCUGAAUUGCUUGUUAGAACAUCAGGAGAAGUUAGGCUAUCCGAUUUUAUGCUUUGGCAGAUUUCGAAUACCGUUCUCUAUUUCACGGAUGUAUUGUGGCCAGAAUUCACGAUUUGGAAUCUAUUGGCGGCCAUUAUACAUUUUCAGAGAAAUGCACCUCCAAUAAAAGCGGAAGACACUAAUGAAACGGCGCACGAAAAGGAGGAAUUUUUGAAAUAUUUAGAGCAAAGAAGAGCUCAAGAACUAACAAAAUAUAUUAGUUGAUGUUCCGUAUUAAUACUAUGAAGUAUAUAAAACGGAACGCUUCAACUAUUUAAUGUAAAUACAAUAGGCGUUAAUCACAUAGUGAUUAAUGCUACUUUGCAUCUUAAUGAUAGUACGGUGUAUUUUUCUAAAAAGGUUAACUUUACUUCCAUAUGUUGUUGUAUAGCAGUUAAACCCAAUGUGGGCCGAAAUAAUUUUGUUUUUUUGUAUUCUAUUACAUAGUCAAACAAACAAAAUUAAGAGACUAUGUAUGUUAUGAAUAAAUAAUAUACCUAAUAUAAAUAAAUUAUUAUCAAACAGUUAAUUUAUAGUUACUUGCUUUUUGUAUUUUGUUUUUAUUCCUAAGAUUUAGGUUUGGUUUUAAUUAGCAUAAUAAAUAUAAUAAAAUAUCGCAUUUAUGUGGUUGUGAAAAAGACAGUUUUAUUGCUACAUUUCAGUUAUACAUUACAAAUUUUUAUAUUUAUUGAAAUGUUUUUAAACACACAUAAGCUUGUACAGUAGUUUUUUUCAUAUAUAAAUAAUUUAACAAUUCAGUUUUACAAUAUCGAUUAUUUGUGACCGGUUACAACAAGUCUGGAAAUUUUAUUGCGAUGUGAUAUCGACCGAUUUCAGUAUUUUUUGGAUGUUACCAAAUAUGCAUAAAAUAAUUACUACAAUUGAGGCCUAUAAAAUCAAAGGCAGCUAAACGCCUUAAUGUCGUGACAUGGAUUAACUAACAACGGCGCUAUCUUGUUUAGUUAGUUGGACACGCUUUAGUGUUUUCAUGUUAUAACAAAUACAGAUAAAUCUCUAACAAAUUCAGUUCAAAAA